UGUGUGAAUUUGCUUCCCCUCUUGCCUAGCUACCGGAGGGAGGGGGGUGAAUCUGCUGCUUCCCCCGCCCCCUCGCCUGAUUGGAGGGGUGGAAAAGGGGUAGUUUCUGCAGCUCCUCCCCUUUUAACUUCCCGCUGUGCCCCAGGGGGCGGGAUCCACCCGGAGGCCCGGCUCUGGAGCAGCCCGGGCGGCGUGGGUCGGCAUACAGCGCGCGCAGGCGGAGCUCGGCGCCCCGGGGGACCGAGGCGCCUCUGAGACGGCAGCAAUGGCUGGGGAGCGCGCUCGCAGCUUGGGGAAAGGAAGCACUGUUCCAGGCCCUGUGCCCGAGGGACUGAUCCGUGUCUACAGCAUGCGCUUCUGUCCCUUUGCACAGAGAACACGUCUUGUCUUGAAAGCCAAAGACAUUAAGCAUGAAACAAUCAACAUCAAUCUGAAAAACAAACCUGACUGGCUCUUUGAGAAAAAUCCCUUUGGUUUGGUACCUAUUCUGGAGACCAGCAAGGGUCAGCUGAUCUAUGAGUCUCCAAUCACAUGCGAGUAUUUGGAUGAAGCAUAUCCUGGGAAGAAGCUUCUACCUGCUGACCCUUAUGAGCGAGCAUGUCAAAAGAUGCUCUUGGAAAGAUUCUCCAAGUUACCACCUCUAGCCUUAAAACAUCUCCUGGCUGUUAAAAAUGGGGAGGACAGUUCAGCGCUGAAAGCGGAGUUAAUUAAGAAGCUUGGCGAAUUUGAGGAGAUCUUAGCCGGCUGCAAGACUGUGUUCUAUGGUGGGGACUCUGUGUCCAUGAUUGACUACAUGAUCUGGCCUUGGUUUGAACGACUGGAAUUCUUACAAUUGUCUGACUGUCUGCAACACACCCCGAAGCUCAGGCAAUGGGUGGAAGCCAUGAAGAAGGAUCCUGCCGUCAAGGCUACGAUGACUGACGCACAAACACUCAAUGGCUUUUUUGAGCUGUAUGUGAAGAACAGUCCUGAGGCAUGCGACUAUGGGCUGUGAGAUGAGGGUGGGCAUCUCCCUGUCACAAAUGUAGCUUCUGUUUUUUCUGGGCACCUGCAGUUGGCUGGGAUGGUGCAGUUCUGUGCUUGCAUUUUAAAAUGGGAAUAAAUCUGUGUAGGAAAGGAUGAGAAACCUCCUGGGAAGUCCCAUCCUUCCUGGUAGGAGGAGGGAGUGCUGGCCUCAGGCAGGAGAUGGGAGGUCACUAGCUAUUUAUCACUAGCAGUUGUAUGUAUGUAACCCCUCACGAUCUCUGUCCUCCCCAUUUGUAGAGAGUGGUGCCUGUUUGGUUGCUUUAUGAUUUGGUUUUUGUGAUUCUGAUACUUGAACAAUAGAGGAGGAAAUCUCUUUUAAAUAUGCUAACUCCUCAUUUGGCUGAAUGCUGCACCCUCAGAACUGGAUGGGCAUGACAUCAGUGCUUCAUGUGUCUGUUCCCUGAAGCCCCUCUCCCAUGACAAAGACAAUGGAAGAGUGAGAGAUCAGGAAAUGACUUGGGAUCCACUGUCCCAAGCAAGUUGCUCUCUACUGACACUGCAGUUUGCCGUCAAGAUGCAGGUGUCUGUCUAAAGGCUACAAGGUUUCAUAGUCCAAGUCUCAGAGAGGAGUAUUUCAGACCUGGAAGCAUUUGAAGUUUAUGAAUUCACCCUCAAGAAGGUAAUAGUGGAAGAGGAAAAUACAGCUACAGUUUUUAAUUUGGGUAGCAUCCUCUUGAUGUCUAGACCUACAGGGCUCUAACCCGUUCUCCAUGUUUGUUCGUUCACUUUAUUUUAGGCCUUCUAACCUCCACAACCAGGUAGGCCUGACCUGGUGCAGGCAAUGGUAGCAGUGUCACAGUCUACACUGUGCCCAGGAUGUGGUCUGGUUUUGUCUAGAGUCCAAAACUGCACAUUCACCAAUCAGGCUGGAGGUGAAGUCCAGUGAACUGAGCUGUGCUGGUUCUGCCCAUGGGGCUCUGCUUCAUUCUCAUUUCUUAUCAAUAUGGAAGGAGUGAAUAUGAGCUGACCUUCCCUGCUCCUAGUUUAAGUAGAACAGUGCUUCACAAUACAGGUACCAUUAAACCCGCCUUCAGGGCUGCCCCAGACUAGGCGUACUAGCAAGGUACCAAUACCAGUAGGCUUUCAUUUGGAGAAAACAGCCCUGUGCCCAGGAGAGACCAAAGGCACGUUCUCAACGCCUCUUUCCUGUUCCACCAACCUGGAUUUUUGCCAUUACUUUCAGAAAAGCUGGAUGGAUGAAUGAAUUACAGUGAGCUGUUACUUAGCUGGUAGUCUACCUUUGGGCCCUGAUCCCUUUGUCACUAGAGGGGACUAGUACCAGUGGCCCUAGCUCAACAUAUCAUUAAUCAAAUUUCAGAUUUGAAAUUUCAGAUUUCAGGUGUGUGUUGGAGAGGAACCAGUCCUAGAUUUCCCAGCAACUCAACUUCCUUACUGCACUGACUUGCUUGUACCCAGACAAGUCCUAGUCACUGGUUCCAGUGCAGCUGCUGUUGUGCAUUAUGUUGCAUUGGCACUUGUAGAGUUUUGCAUCUACAAAGAGCUUUAUAACUGUAAUUUCCACCAUAGGUGGGAGAGGCAAGUUAUCCCCAUUUCUCAGCUAGAGGAAACUGAGGUGCUGAGAAAUAAAUUAUUAGUAGUCCAAGCACAGGGUUGAUUAGAAUUCUGGCACCCAAAUCUAGUGCCCUUACAAAUAGGUAGAAAUAGUACUGGUUUUCUACGUAUCGCCUCACCAAAGCUCAAACUCCUGAAAGUUAAACACAAGAAGUGUUAGCUCCUCUAGUCUAGAGAGGUUCCCAGAAGGGCUCUCUGCAGGCAUAACUAGUACCAGAGAUCUUCUGGGGGGAAGCUAUAUGCUGUACUUAUAGUGGAAAAAUUAUAAUGGGGCAUACGGCCUAUCUCUAGCUUCUGUGAGCCUCUACAUUGCAACGUCCCUUCCUGUAAACUACACCCACUUCAGCUGGUGUUGGUAAAAUGUGUCACCUUUGCAAGAUUAACUUUACCAAUGCAAACCCCGAACGGAGUUACAUAAAACAAACUAGAGUGAUUAAGCUGGAGAAGGGGGGGGG